AAAAAUCGCCCCAAAGGACGCCAUUUGACAUGCGACUUCCGCGUUUGUCGAAGUAGGACGGACCAGGCGGAUUAGUAUCUUGAAAUGACGAGCGGUCUUUGUGCUAAGCUAACGGAAUCGGAUUUAUGGAUCAAAACACAACUUUUCCUGGAAAUACCUGGAAGUGUUUGCAAAGGUAACGGUCUGUGUGACUUCAUCUCCUCUGCAGCAGCACGUUUAACGUUGGUCAUCAUGGGCCGAACACCACACAGAGGUUUUAUGGCUUCAUUUUCUCACAGUAAUUACCGACUGCCUGUCAGAAGCUCCCUGACUCUGAUGAGCGGUUCAAUCACCGUUUUGAUUUCAGAUCAAAAAGAGGAGAAGAAAGAGAGGCGAAGCAGCAUCACAGCGGGCUCUGCCCUCGACAAAUCUAACGAACCGUUCAGCUGGGAAGAUUAUCUGAGAGAAACGUCCUCCACGGCAGCUUCGCCUACUUGCUUCAAACAGUCCAGAAUCCCUCCCUCCAAUGACUUCAAAGCAGGUAUGAAACUCGAGGCGCGGGACCCUCGCAACUCUAACUCGGUGUGCAUCGCAACGGUGAUGGGCAUGGUGGGUACGCGUCUACGUCUCCGGCUGGACGGCAGCGACAACACAAACGACUUCUGGCGACUGGUCGACUCGUCGGACAUCCAGCCAAUAGGAACCUGCGAGAGGAACGGAGACAUGCUGCAGCCACCGCUGGGUUUCAGGAUGAACGCCUCGUCGUGGCCCAUGUUUCUCCUGAGGACGCUGAGCGGAGCAGAGAUGGCCCCUGCCUCUGCUUUUAAGAAGGAACCAGCGAGCCCUGCCAAGAACUACUUCCAGCCUGGCAUGAAGCUCGAGGCGGUGGACAGGAAGAACCCCUACCUAAUUUGUCCUGCCACAGUGGGCGAGGUCAGAGGUCAGGAGAUUUUUGUCAUGUUCGACGGCUGGCGAGGCGCCUUCGACUACUGGUGCCCGUUCGACUCGAGGGAUAUCUUCCCGAUCGGCUGGUGCGCUCUGACGAAGCACAGCGUGCAGCCGCCGGGAAACUUCUUUACCCUCCCUGGUGCGCUCCUCGCCCCCGUGUCUUCCACCUCAGCCUCCCUCACUACACGUCGCUCUUCCUCCAACUCUUCCUCCUCCAUGCAGACCUCGUACCGACUGCCCAACCCCUUGCCACCCCUCCCCGUUCGAAAGGGUGUCCGAGGUCGUCGCCCCAAAUCCCAGACUAUUGCAUUGUUGAAGGCGGCGGCCGAGGCGGCGGCGGCAGCGGCAGCAAAUGGAGCAUCGCCGAGCCCUGCCAGAACAAGCUCUGAGACUCAACUGGCCCCCAGACCACACAAGAAGAGAGGGCCCAAGCCUAAGAACAAGAAGAAGCCUCUGGUGUUGCAGUCCCUGGGGUCAUCAUCAGUUACAGCUCCGCCUCCAGAGACCAGACUGAGCUCCAGCCAUGUCUCAGCGGACAACAACCAUAGCAACGGCGCAAAUGUAGUUUGCACAGUGUGUGUCUAUGUGAACAAGCAUGGUGACUAUGGGCCGAAUCUUGACCGGAAACUAGUGCAGCAACUGCCGGAUCACUUCGGUCCAGCUCCAGUCAAUGCUGUGCUUCAGCAGGCUGUUCAGGCCUGCGUGGACUGUACGUACCAGCCGUCUGUGCUGCUGUCGUUCCUGCAGAGCCAGUCCCACACAGGAGGAGAGGUCAUCAGAGUGCGGUCAGAGCACGGUAUCCGCUACGUGAAGCUGCCCUCCGCCUCCAGUGCAUCUUCGGUGCUGCGGUUCCUGGAGAACAUGUGCCAACACCUGGAGAGUGACAGUCUUUUCAGCUCACAGCCGUUCAGCUCCUACAACACCAACAACAACAACACACGCUUCUACAACAAGACUAAGUCAGAACCGCCGACCCACGCUGAAAACGGCCUGUCCAAAGAGGACUCCGCAAAGGAUCCUGCCCCCGGCGCCCGCUCCAUUCACAACGCAUCAGACUACAGAGCGACAAAGAAGGAGCGGCCAUAUUACCCUGGACACACCCACACGCCGCCACCCCUGCGACGAGUCAGCUCCAACCCGGCUGAACUUGGCCCGAUGUGUGCACACAGACGAGUGGAGGCAGCUAGCUCAACAACAGGACCCGACCAUCUUAAACAGGACAAGGAAGGUUCAGGGAACAACGCUUCUUCCUGGACUGUCGAUGACGUCAUACGAUUUGUCCAAGAGGCUGAUCCCCAAACUCUCGGCCCACAUGUCGAUCUGUUCAGGAAACACGAGAUUGACGGCAAGGCUCUGUUGCUGCUGCGCAGUGAUGUCAUUAUGAAGUACAUGGGGCUGAAGCUGGGCCCGGCACUCAAACUCUGCCAUCACAUCGAGAAGCUGAAGCAGACCAAACAGUAGAGAAGAGAAGAAAGACACUGUUUCCUCACCAACUAAACACACAGACAUGCAUUAUUCUACAGGUGAAUCCACCUUAACCAGGGUCGUAGCCACGACACGAGGACACCGAGAUCAUGAACUUUUUGGAAAUUUGGGGAUUUUAGCACCCUACAGGGAAAGUGAAAGACUUAGACACGUUGGGUAUUUUAUGAGCUGUUUGACCACGGGCCCACAAACAAAAUAAAUCCUCAGAUAUUUCAGCUUUGAGAUCUUUGAGAAAUUGGGAAAUCAAAAAUGACAAAGUAUCAUUAAACAAUGAAAUGAAAACAUAAAAUAUGUAAACAUCAAAGUAAUUACUACAGUCCUGGGCAGAACAAUAUAUUUUUAUUAACAGACCACAGUUUACUUUCACAUUAAGACGGAUACACAAUGUGUAAGUAAUAUCAGUUAUCUGAUCAUAAUCAUGAUUUUUAUUCAUAUUAGUGUGGUUUGUUUUUUUGCCUUAUCGUGAACAGGAGGCCACCAUUUAUAAAUUUAUCAAAAGUUACCUCUAAAAUACACACAUAACUGUCUGUUACAGACUGUCAAGUUAAAUUUAUGCAAGAUGGGUGAAUGAAUGCAGUCAGGAGCAUCAUAACUAACAGGUUCUGAACAACAGGGAGGCUCGGUUACGUGAACAAGUGAAUGAAGGGUUUCAUUCCAGAGAAGACAACUUGUUCUUGAAAUCAGUCAUCCUCAACAAUUCAGUGAUUAUGGACAAAGAUCAGCAUAUAUUAACUUUGGCAGAGUGGAAACCGCUUUUAUUUAAACGGUGAUAUUUUACUUUAGAGGACAACCUUUCAUCAGUUGUGAUUCUGCAGCGCAGGCCGUAGAUGUAGAAUAUAUGUCGCUGAAGAGUUGGGUUUUUUUUCCUCUUUUAUUUGUGUCUGUUUCAAGUGCUGGAAGACAUUCAAGCUGGACAGUUUCAGCUUGAGCACUGAUGUGGCUACUUGAUUGUACUAUGCUUUGACAGUCACACACACACACACACACACACACACACACACACACAUAUACAUAUACAUAGAUGCAUACAUACAUACAUGAGAUGUACAAGUACAAUGACUGGAAUACUGCAAGUGUUUUUACAUUAACAUAAAGGCAAGGCCCUGUCAAGUGCUCCUGAAAAAGAAAAUGAUGGACAACCUGUUUUGUAUAAAGUCAAGCCAAAAGGUUGGGGUUUUUUUAAAUAUCAUUUUGUAUUGUAACAAAGUGUAUCAACCUGUAUUAAGCUUAAGUGUAAUCCAUUUUUUUUGUUCUGCCUGAAAUACUUUUUGUCUGCACCCUUCAAAUAACUCCUUACAGGGCUAUGUUGUGCCAGAGUAAUUAUUCACAUGUCUAAUAGUAUUUAUCUGUUUUCACUGGCAGAAAUACAAAUUUUCUGAACAUUUCAGAACCAUUUUCAACCAAAUCAUGUCUGUUGUAGCUGCAUUUCACUCUUCACUGCUCUCCUGUCGUGGUUACAAGUUGAUACUUGAAACUGUCUUGCUUUAAUGUGAAACUCAGGUUUUAGUUGAGGGUUGACUCUUAGAAUUUGUUUUACAUCCUUAGCAUUGUCAUCUGUCGAUCCGCAGCAUUUCAUGUGUAUAUAUGCAUACAACUUUCUACUGUAAGUUCAACGAAAAAACUGUUCGUUAAAUGUUUGAUAUGUAUUCACGCAAUUAAACAUUUGUUUACAUCA